UACGUAUAUGCUACUUUGAAAACGAGAGGCUACAUCACAUUCAUUGUAAUAUAGACUCCGCACACAGUCACGCGCAAGACGUGCCAGAUAUGAAGAGAACCCAGUUGCGGAGGAGGAGAGCACCAUAGGGAGUACCAUAGGGAGUACCGUUGUAAGGAGGAUCGCAGAUGGGCAGAUGAAAAGAAGUGGCAAAACCACACUCUUCUGUCAGAAAUGGCAAAAAAUACAUCCCUAUAUUUUCGUAUUGUGGAGGGCAGGAGCCUACCAGCCAAAGACGUGUAACUCUGGGACUAGUGACCCUUACUGCAUUGUAAAAGUUGACAAUGAAGUUGUAGCCAGGACAGCCACAGUGUGGAAGAAUCUCAACCCUUUCUGGGGAGAAGAAUACACACUCCACCUCCCAAUGGGAUUCCACUCAAUCUCUUUCUAUGUCAUGGACGAGGACACCAUUGGCCAUGAUGACGUUAUUGGAAAGAUAACUCUAAGCAAAGACGCCAUCGGGUCCCAGAAUAAAGGGCUGGAUAACUGGCUGAAUCUGACCCGGGUGGACCCGGAUGAGGAGGUGCAGGGAGAGAUCCACCUAAGUUUGGAGCUUCUCAGAGAUGCCCAGAAGAUCGGACUGCGCUGCCAUUUCAAAGAGGCCAGAGACCUGGCUCCACGAGACAUCACUGGAACCUCUGACCCCUUUGCCAGGAUCCUCUUCAAUAACCACAGUGCUGAGACUUCGAUCAUUAAGAAGACCCGUUACCCACACUGGGGUGAGACCGUGGAGUUGGAGCUAGAAACAAAUGAGCUGACUGCGGGAGGCAUUAUCACAGUGGAGGUUUGGGACUGGGACAUGGUCGGCAGGAAUGACUUCCUGGGAAAGGUGGAAAUCCCUUUUUCUUGCUUGCAAAAGACCCCUCUGUUACAGAGUUGGUUUCGUCUGAUGCCUCUGGGAAACAAUGAGGAUGAUGCUGGAGGUAAGCUGGGAGCACUGCGUCUGAAAGUGCGCCUGGUGGAGGACCGUAUCCUGCCCUCUGUGUACUAUCAGCCUCUCAUUGACCUGUUGGUUGAGUCAGUCAUUUCUCCUUCUGAGGUGGAAGACAGCAGCCCACUGACUAUGUUGGAGGAGGUGACCACGGUGGACAGCCGGCAGGAUGUGGCCAUGACCCUGGUUAAGAUCUUCCUGGGCCAGGGCCUGGUGGUGCCCUUCCUGGACUACUUCAACACCCGUGAGGUCAACCACACCUCGGAUCCAAACACUCUGUUCCGGUCCAACUCGCUAGCUUCAAAAGCCAUGGAGCAGUUUAUGAAGGCUGUGGGUAUGCUGUACCUUCAUGAGGUCCUGAAACCAAUAAUUAACCGCAUCUUUUUGGAGAAGAAGUACAUUGAGCUGGACCCGUGUAAAAUUGAUCUUAACAGAACCAGGCGUAUCUCAUUUAAGGGUGCAGUCUCUGAGGCUGAGGUGAGGGAGAGCAGUGUUGAAAUGCUGCAGGGCUAUUUGACCAGCAUCGUGGAGUCCAUCGUUGCAUCAGUCGACCAGUGCCCUCCUGUCAUGAGGGUGGCUUUCAAGCAGUUGCACAAGAGGGUAGAGGAGCAGUUCCCUGAGCCGGAGAACGAGGAUGUGAAGUAUCUGGCCAUCAGUGGAUUCUUCUUUCUGCGUUUCUUUGCCCCUGCUAUCCUCGCACCUAAGCUCUUCCAGCUGAGGGACCAUCAUGCAGACACACGCACUAGCAGAACACUCUUACUACUGGCCAAGGCAGUGCAGAGUGUGGGAAACCUGGGCCUUCAGCUGGGCCACUGCAAGGAGCUGUGGAUGGAACCCCUGCAUCCCAUCAUCCUUUGCAGUGUGGCCUCGGUUAAAGAUUUCCUGGACAAGCUCAUCGACAUCGACCACGAUAGCGUGUCUGAGGUGCCCCAGAAGGCUGUGUUUCUGCCAUCCGUAAUAGUGAAGGAGGGCUACCUCCACAAACACAAGGCGGAAGGCACCCAGCUCCUCUCGCGCUUUGCCUUCAAGAAGCGAUACUUCUGGCUGAGCAGUGAGGCCCUGUCCUAUGCAAAGACUCCGGACCCAUGGCAGGUGCGCUCCACCAUCCCCGUGCAGUGUGUGUGUGCUGUGGAGAGGGUGGACGACAACGCCUUCCAGCAGCAGAAUGUGAUGCAGGUGAUCACCCAGGACAACGAUGGACAGAUGAACAUCAUGUACAUCCAGUGUAAGAACGUCAACGAGUUGAACCAGUGGUUGUCAGCUGUCAGGAAGGCCAGUAUUUACAACGAACGCAUGCUGCCCUCCUUCCACCCGGGGGCGUACCGCAGUAGCAAAUGGACCUGCUGCCUGCAGGCCGACCGCAAUGCUUCAGGUUGCAGUCGUACUCACUCUGCAGUUACCCUGGGUGACUGGAGUGACCCACUGGAUCCAGAUGCAGAGACUCAGACCAUCUACAAACAGCUUCUUCAGGGAAGAGACAGAUUAAGGAAGCAGUAUGUGGAGGUGGAGUUUGAGACGACUGAAGAUGAUGGGAAGAGACUAAACUCCAGGAUGCUCCCUGAUGGAGCACAGAGUAGAAAAGAGGUCCUGGAGCGCAGGCAGGCUGUAGCGGCUCGGCUACUGGGGGUGGUUUUGGAUCUGGAGCAGGCCCAUGCCACCUUCCAGCGGAGGGAAAUGGAGGAGGCCAGCCUUAUACUGAGCCCCUAGACUGGGCCUUCCCUGGGGCCUGGUUGGGCCUGGGGGAGGGGCUGGAUUAGAGGUUGGACAGAGGAAAGUUCAGACCUGCUCUCCAAACUGUGUAGGAAAGCUAAGCGACCACAGAAGGAAGGCACCCUGUCAAGUCUGUUACAUGUGCUGUCUAGGGGAACUCUGGGGAACUUUUUCAUUAAAAUACAGAGGAUGCCUUCUCUGCAACAUUC